UACAUUCGAACCGGGUGCCCGCCCACAUCUUGUCGACUUGUGCCCCGUCGCGCAUGCGGGUUCGAGCCCUGCGCUGAUUCCCGAAUGCGACGGCCUUGAAGGAACUCCUACUUCCCGCUCCUCUCCAUACUACUAUCCACGACAACAACCCGUAUCCCGUCCUCAACCCUACACGCAUAGAUGGGCCCCUUCUCGAGCGCUUCCGACCGCAACAGUGCCGCCGCCGCCACCGCCGCUCCUGCAACUGCGACGCCAUCUCCCCUCUCCAAAACACCAUCUGCCGCCACGUCCGACGAUUCCUCGACCAGCAAAAAGUUGCUGAAGCGCCUUAACAUCCUCCCUCUCCGGUCACGCACUCGCAAUAUCGCCGACUUCCACAUCCGACCUGACGAUCCCCACCGCAAAUACAGUGCCGGCGACCAUGUGCAGGGCGCCGUAAUCCUGACCGUCGUCAAGCCCGUCCGCAUCACGCACCUGACCGUCUUGCUGCACGGCUACGUACGUGUCUACAAGGGACCUGGCGCCCAAAACAACGAGCCCGUUCGGAGCCCGGCCGAGAUCAAGAACAUUAGCAGCCGAGGGGAGCGCAAGAAGUACUAUAACGGCUAUGCGUCGCUCUUUCAGGAUGAGCAGGUUCUCAGCUCCGAUGGCCGGCUGGAGCCCGGAAGAUACGAGUUUAAUUUCGAUCUACUCUUUCCACAAAAUGGUCUCCCCAGCAGCAUUGAUUUUGAACGUGGCACGAUAUCUUACAUGAUUACAGCAACGCUAACGCGCCCGACUUCGGUAGCCCCAACGACCAGCUGUGAACGCAAAAUCUACUUGAUGGAACAGCUGGACGUUGGACCGCUUGCUCCUCCCAAGGCCCAGACUGUGGACCUCCGACCCAUUUCGAAACGAGCCAAGAAGAAACGACCAGCCGGUGGAGAUAGGCGCUCUGUGCUAUCGUCAGAACGCUUGUCUGCUGAAGUACCAGCCGAACCAUUGUCCGAUGGAGAUUCAGCAAGGAUAAACGACACAUCGACGGAAGGAUCUCUUUCGAUAGUCGGUGAUGACGUUGGUCAAGAGGGCUCUAGCCAGGCUCCACGGAGUGUCUCACACAGUGAGGCGCGAAGUCUCAGUGGCGAUAGCGCCGCGAGUCUCAGCACGCACCCGAGCAGAGCAUAUAGCGAGACCAACCAGCUAGCCAUUGUUGGGUCCGCAAUGACAGGGAAACGGAUAUCAUUUGCCGACGAACGGACCAUCAAGUUGAGAGUUGAAGUGCUUAAAGGUGGAUGCUUACCCGGCGACGUGAUACCCGUCAAGGUGUCGGUUAAUCACAUCAAGAUGAUCAAAAGCAUGCAUGGUGUCAUUGUUACUCUGUUCAGACAAGGGCGCAUCGACUCGUCCCCGCUUCAGCUCUCCAAAGAGGAUUGGAAAAAGUCGGAAUCAGACGACUAUUAUUACCCCAAAUCCAGGACCGGUCUCAGCGGCCUUUCCCUGUCGUCUGCGGGUUCCUGCAGCAUGUUUCGAAAGGAUCUAUCACAAGCAUUUGCGCCUCUCAUUACAGAUCCGGUGAACUUUUCUGCUACCUUGACGACAUCAGUCCGAGUACCAGAGGACUCUUUCCCCACUAUCAAGGGUGUACCCGGGGAGAUGAUCAGUUUCAGGUACUUCGUCGAAGUCAUCGUGGACCUGGGCGGCAAACUCGCCAACCAUCUACAAGGUGGUGCGUCUUCCGGCUCACGAGUGGGGGCCACUGGUGUGGUAGGGAAUCCUUUUGAAAAUGUUGGCACAUUGCCAUCGUGGGGGGCGGCAGGGAGCACAAGUAUCCUGGACACAGAUCGCCUUAAAAGGAUACAAGGAGUCAUUCCAGGCUACUACGAGGUCAUUGUCGGUACGACCGACAGCAAUAGGUCACGAGGAAAGGGUCCCCAGAGGCCCAGCCUUACGCAUACACCAUCUGUAACAGGCGGCUCCAACUACGUGGAGAAUGAGUACAAUGAAAAGGGAGGCUGGCCGAACAGCAUGCACGACGAUGAUGGAUACGGUCCCGAGUCUGCAAACCCCCAUGAUGACUAUGCGUCGUACCCUCCACAAACGACUUACCCACACGGCGAUGUCCAUCAACCACCUUACUGGAAUUACGUUCCAGACUCAUCACAGCAUGAGCAAGCGAUACCCGCACCUCACUAUAUACCACCGCCCGACUUACCUGAUGAGAAUAGUCUUACGGAAAAGGAGCGCAUCAGACGUGCCGAACAACGCUUGCUACCCAGUCAACCACCAAUAACGGCAGCAUCAUCAUCAUCGUUCUCUGCCGCCGUGCCCUCACCAUCCGCGUCCAACCACGCCCUGGACUUGUCCUUACUACUAAACGGGGACAACAUCUACGAUGCAGAAGACGACGUACCAACCCCAGCCGCCACACCCGCAACCGCAUCACCAUUCGACCACGCUCUCGCUCCGGUAUACACACCCACACCAGCAGAAGACCUGCCAUCCGCGCCAACCCUUGAAGAGCUCGACCGACCACCACCAAUAUCCAGAGGACCCUCGCACCACCCUUUAAGCGCCACUGAAGAUAAACAGGAGCUCGAACGGAGAAGGCUGUUAGCCGAGGCCAGCGCACCGCCCGAGUUCCCAGAGGACUAUAUUCCCGACGAAGGCGGAGGACCUGUAACCCCAGCGGGACCCUCUGGCUCAGGAGCAGGACCUUCCGCGCCACCCUCAGCUCCACCCGUAGCCUUUGAACCCUCAGCUCCCGUGCUUUUCGAGAACGAUGAAGAUUAUCACGGUGGUGGAUAUACCGCCGGUGGCCCCCGCUUUCCUAGCGCCGCUAGCGGCAGCGGCGGUCACGAAGAAGAAACUGUGCCAGAGUAUACCUACAAUAAUCAUCGCCCUGGGUCCGUAGGUACAUUAACGGUUGUUGGUAGUCCGUCGUCACCAGUACUAGCACCUGCAUCGGCAUUUUUCCCGGCCUCGGGCUCGGGAAAUGCGCACGAUUCGCUACGGGAACAGGAACAGCAAGCAAGGUCGGAUUCUUCUAGCCCGCCUCCUAUUGAGUAUCUGCCGCGGUACGAGCGAUAAUCGAUAAUUGGUCAUUGGUGGGUGGCGGUCUCGAGCGGUAGAGAUUUU